UGCUUUCUGCGUGGAAAGGGCCCCCGCCCCUGCAGGAGCAUCCCUGCUCGCCACUCCCCGCUGUUUGUUUUGGCUUUGGAAAUGUUUGUGAUUGUUCACCCUCCCCCCAGCGCCUAAGGCUCUUUGCAAAAAGUCCCCAGCCUGCCGCAGUUAUUUGGGGACGGGACAAGCGUGCGCUUUUCGCUGUGGAAUACGUGUGUUCCUGUCGACUAGGGGGCACAGCUCAGGGGCCGUCGGUCCUGGUUCUGCGUGCGCAGAAAGUUUCUGUGGGAACGCGCAUUGCUUCGUGACACGGCAUUAUUGCGUUUGCUGCAGGCUCGGCCCAGUUUCCGCGCUCAGAUUGCUACAGAUUUCUCUGGUGGUCUCUGAAAUGGAACAAGAACCACAAAAUGGAGAGCCUGCUGAAAUUGAGAUUAUCAGGGAAGCAUACAGGAAGGCCUUUUUAUUUGUAAAUAAAGGACUGAGUACAGAUGAGUCAGGUCAGAAGGAAGAAGCAAAGAAUUACUAUAAGCAAGGAAUAGGACACCUGCUCCGAGGAAUCAGCAUUUCAUCGUCAGCUGCUGAACACACAGGCCCUGGGUGGGAAUCUGCCAGACAGAUGCAGCAGAAAAUGAGAGAGACACUACAGAAUGUACGCACCAGGUUGGAAAUUCUAGAGAAAGGUCUUGCCACUUCUCUUCGGAAUGAUCUUCAGGAAGUGCCCAAGUUAUAUCCAGAAUUUCCGCCUAAAGACCUGUGUGAGAAGUCACCAGAGCCUCAGCCCAUUAGUGCGUCUCAGCAAGCUGAAGUAAAUGGAAGCGCUUCGGCUGCAGGAGCAGGGUCCCUUGCUCUGCCUGCUGCUUCAUCCUUACCAUCUCAGAGUUGUCCAGCAGAAGCUCCUCCUGCUUACACUCCGCAGGCUGCUGAGGGCCACUACACGGUGUCCUAUGGGACAGAUUCCGGGGAGUUUUCAUCAGUUGGAGAAGACUUCUACAGGAAUCAUUCUCAGCCACCUCCUCUUGAGUCCUUAGGGCUAGAUGCAGAUGAGUUGAUUUUGAUACCAAAUGGAGUGCAGAUUUUUUUUGUAAACCCUGCAGGAGAGGUUAGUGCACCUUCGUAUCCUGGGUACCUUCGAAUCGUGAGGUUCUUGGAUAAUUCUCUUGAUACAGUUCUGAACCGUCCUCCUGGGUUUCUUCAGGUUUGUGACUGGUUGUAUCCUCUAGUUCCUGAUAGAUCUCCAGUUCUGAAAUGCACUGUGGGAGCUUACAUGUUUCCUGAUACAAUGCUGCAAGCAGCAGGAUGCUUUGUAGGGGUCGUCUUGUCCUCUGAGCUACCGGAAGAUGAUAGAGAGCUCUUUGAGGAUCUGUUAAGACAGAUGUCUGACCUUCGACUCCAGGCCAACUGGAACAGAGCAGAAGGAGAAAAUGAGUUCCAGAUCCCUGGAAGAACAAGACACCCCUCUGACCAACUGAAGGAAGCCUCUGAUACUGAUGUGAGACAGUUGGGUCCUUCGGACCAAGGCAGUAAGGAUGUGCGUCUUAAAGGAAAACGUGGAAAAAAGACUAAAGAUACUUCAAGUGAAGAAGUUAAUCUGAGUCACAUUGUACCUUGUGAGCCAGUUUCAGAAGAAAGAGCAAAAGAACUACCUGAAUGGAGUGAAAAAGUGGCUCAAAACAUUUUGUCAGGUGCUUCCUGGGUGAGUUGGGGUUUAGUCAAAGGCGCUGAAUUUACUGGCAAAGCAAUCCAGAAAGGUGCUUCUAAACUCCGGGAACGAAUUCAACCGGAAGAAAAACCAGUGGAAGUUAGUCCAGCUGUCACCAAGGGACUUUAUAUAGCAAAGCAGGCGACAGGAGGAGCAGCAAAAGUCAGUCAGUUCCUAGUUGAUGGAGUUUGCACAGUAGCAAACUGUGUUGGAAAAGAACUAGCUCCACAUGUCAAGAAGCAUGGCAGCAAACUCGUUCCGGAAUCACUUAAAAGAGACAAAGAUGGAAAGUCUACUCUGGAUGGUGCUUUGGUUGUUGCAGCAAGUAGUGUUCAAGGAUUUUCUACUGUCUGGCAAGGAUUGGAAUGUGCUGCAAGGUGCAUUGUUAACAAUGUUUCAGCAGAAACUGUGCAAACUGUCAGAUACAAAUACGGGCAUAAUGCAGGAGAAGCUACACACCAUGCAGUGGAUUCGGCCAUCAAUGUUGGUGUAACUGCCUAUAACAUUGACAACAUUGGUAUCAAAGCAAUGGUGAAGAAAACUGCGAAACAAACAGGGCACACGCUCCUCGAGGACUAUCAAAUAGUUGAUCAUUCUGAGAAGGAAAAUCGAGAAGGAGCAGCAAAUACAACGAGAGAGGAGAAAGAUGAGCAGACGGAGGGUACAGAGAAGAAAGAGGCAAAGAAGAAACUGGCAAAGAAGAAAUAAAUGCUGGAUGUGCUCGGGAUCACCUAUACCAAAGCCUUAUUAGAUGGAGGGAAUUUUGUUAAAUAGGCAGAUAUGCAAUUCCCCACAGAGUAACUGGUAUUUUUAAAAUGUAUUCAUCUACAAAAUGACUGUCAUAAAUUUAUGGCAUGUAUUCUAUAUACAAGGAAAAUAAUCAGUAUUCUUGCAUCUGACCUUUAGAAAUAUGCAGUGAUAUUCUCAGUAAGUUUAUUUUUUUUUUCCUAAAUGUGGCUAAAAUAUUUUUGCAGUUAAACCUAAUAAUGCAUAUGCUAUAAACCUCAUUAAAACCAAUGUUAAACUAUUUUUGUAUGUCUUAUCUCCAGAAAGCAAAGUAAGAAAUUAUAUAUUUACAUAAAAUUUGGCAUUUAGUAACCAUAGUUCUAUUUAUACUGGUAAGGAAUGACUUAAAAUAUUGUCUCUUUUUGCACUAAUUGUGGAUUUUUUAAAAAUGUUUGUCAGAAUUUUCAGUGUGUAAGCUAAACAAAAACUGUGAACCUAAAUUAAAAGAAUUAACAUAAUAUUUUAAAAAACUUCCAUUAUAGGGAAGUCUUAUCAUGAAAAAUAAAGUCCUAUAUUAUUUGGUAGCUUACCUAUUUGUUGGGAAAUGAGAUAAUCAUUUUGAUCUAAAAUAAAUACAGAUAGACCUUUAAGUCUUUUGGCUUGAGACUGACAUUAGGAGCAUAGAGUUUAUUAUCAGCCUAAUUAGAUUAAAAAGUACUUUAAGGAAUCAGCCAACAAAUGGUUUUCCAAAAUGCCAAAACUCUAAAAAUUAAAAUCUAAACAGAAUUGAGUUUAUAGAUGGUAAAUUUAUUUUUAUUUUGGGAUUCAGUUUAUCUUAAACCAGUUAUUAGAAAAGAAAAAUCUUAUUCAUAAUCAAGAUAAGGAAUUUGAGCACAUUAGGCUUAAUUUGUGCUGGAUAUGCAUAUUUUUUUUUUUACUUUGGCUGAAGCUAAUAUUCACAGAUCUUUCCAAACAUGUGAGUGAAUACCCAAUUGCAGGUUAUUGUUGUUUGCUGAUUUUUAAAAAGAUUAGGAUUGGUUUUCAUAGUUACAGUCCAUUCUAAUUUCUGAACUUCUAGUAGCUACUUAAAUUUGUUAGACUUUAUUUGAAACUGUCUAAUGAAAGCAUUUUGCAAAUAAAAUACUCCCUGAGUUGUGUGGCCUAAAAUGUAUUCACGGGCUUGUGUUUUGGGAACACGUAAGUAUUGGUGGAGCCUUUUCCUAAAGCCUAGAAUUAGUAAAUGGCCUCCAGUCAGUCUCUGCUUUUUUCAAGUCUAAGAAAUGAAAGGACAACUAGUAGAACCUAAAGUUAAGCAAGUACCUUAGACCAAAGGUUAACAACUAACCAGCUGGCUACCUGUUUUUGUAAAAUUGGUGGAACACAUCUGUUUACAUAUUGGCUAUGGCUGAUCUCUAGGGUAGCAUGAGAAUUGAGUUGUUAUGUGGCCCAGAAGCCUAAAAUUCUUAACUGUUUGGCCCUUUACAGAAAAAAUAUGCUGACCCCUGCCUUAAACCGAAGAAAAUGGACUUUUCCCAUCAUUUCACUGUGUCACUAAGAGAUAGACUUCUAAAGAAAAUUUUCUAUUAUGUAAUAACUGAUACAUAGAAAUAAUUGGAUGUGCCACAUAAGGUUAAGGUAUGAAGCAUAAUGAAAUUAAUUUUCAAACUCAUCACCCAACUAAAGGCUUAGAAAGUUGCUGCUACAUAUAUAUGUAUGCUUCUUCUCUAGUUGUCUGUCUCUCCCCACCAUUAUCGUUUAUUGUUCCUUUUCUUUUUUUCCAGUCACACAUAUAUAUUCUCAAAAUGUAACUGUUUCAUUUUGUAAUUUUAAAGCCUUAUACAUUAUAGUAUUUUACUGUCAA